GGGGCGGAGGCGGCGGGCGGGUGCGGAGGCCUCAGCCGCGGGACCGGAUUGCUGUGACUCGGGCGGCGCCUCCCGGCGGCGGCCCCGGCCCCGCUCGGCCCGCCGGGGCGAUGCUCCCCGAGGCCGCAGGAUGAGCCAGUGACUCGGCCAGCCCGGGCAUGGCGGACCCAGUGGCGGGCAUCGCGGGCUCGGCAGCCAAGAGUGUGCGGCCAUUCCGCUCAAGUGAGGCCUAUGUGGAGGCCAUGAAAGAGGACCUGGCUGAGUGGCUCAACGCCUUGUAUGGCCUGGGUCUACCCAGUGGUGGUGAGGGCUUCCUGACAGGGUUGGCCACGGGCACCACUCUGUGCCAACAUGCCAACGCCGUCACCGAGGCUGCCCGCGCUUUGGCCGCUGCCCGCCCGGCCCGCGGUGUGGCCUUCCAGGCACACAGCGUGGCGCCUGGCUCCUUCAUGGCCCGAGACAACGUGGCCACUUUCAUCGGCUGGUGCCGAUCGGAGUUGGGUGUGCCCGAAGUGCUCAUGUUUGAGACUGAGGACCUGGUGCUGCGGAAGAACGAGAAAAGCGUGGUGCUGUGCCUGCUGGAGGUGGCACGGCGCGGGGCCCGCCUCGGCCUGCUUGCCCCUCGCCUUGUGCAGUUUGAGCAGGAGAUUGAGCGGGAGCUCCGUGCUGCACCCCCGGCCCCCAAUGCCCCCGCUGCUGAGGAGGACGCCCCUGAAACUGCCACGGCGGCAGGGCCUCCUGCCCGAGGGCCCCGCAUGACAGCCAGCGACCUGCGCAACCUGGACGAGCUGGUGAGGGAGAUCUUAGGCUACUGCACCUGCCCAGACCAGUUUCCCAUGAUCAAGGUCUCGGAGGGAAAGUACCGAGUGGGAGACUCCAGUCUCCUCAUCUUCGUGCGGGUGCUGAGGAGCCACGUGAUGGUGCGUGUGGGUGGCGGCUGGGACACCCUGGAGCACUAUCUGGACAAGCAUGACCCUUGCCGCUGCUCCUCCUCGGCCCACCGCCCGCCGCAGUCCAGGGCCCGCACCUUCUCCCCACAGAGGGUGUCUCCCACCCCCAGCCCCCGUGCUGGCAGCCCAGCCCCUGGGGCUGAGCGGCGGAGCUCCCGCUCAGAGGUGACACCUAUUAGCUUACGCAGCUCAAAGGAGGGAACUGAGACCCCACUCAGGGCCCGGGACCAGCUGCCCCCCCAUCCCCGCUCCCGCCGCUGUUCUGGGGACAGCGACUCCUCAGCCUCCUCAGCCCAGAGUGGCCCCCUUGGUGCCCGCAGUGAAGACUCAGGCACCGGCUCCCGGAGGGAACGGCCCAGUCGGAGGCUAACCACAGGAACCCUGGCCUCCCCGAGACGGCCCCCAGCUCCGCGCAGCCAGUCCCGAGACCGGUUGGAUCGGGGACGGCCACGUGGGGCCCCAGGAAGCAGGGGAGCCCAGCUGUUGGCCCCCAGCCCUGCCCGACGGGCCCGGAGCCAGGGCCGUGAGGAGCAGGCCACGUUGCUUGUGCGCAGAGACCGAGAUGGGCAGCACUCGUGGGUCCCCCGGGGCAGGGUCAGCGGGGGCUCAGGCAGGAGCACUCCCCAGACUCCCCGGGCUCGCAGCCCUGCAGCCCCCCGGCCUCUGCGGGUCUCCAGCCCCAGUCCAGAGUUGGACACCACACCGGCCAGUGUCUUCCGCACCCCCCUGCAGCUUGACCCGAAGCAGGAGCAGCAACUGUUUCGGCGCUUGGAAGAGGAGUUCCUGGCCAAUGCCCGAGCCCUUGAGGCUGCUGCUGGCGAGAUCCCCACUGGACCAGCAUCUGAUGCAGCUCGGCCCCCAGACCCUCCAGCUCCUGACUCAGCCUACUGUUCCUCCAGCUCCUCCUCUUCAUCCCUCAGUGUCCUGGGUAGCAAAUGUGGCCAGCCUGGGGACUCUGGUCGGAUGGCCAAUGGGCUGCCUGGACCCCGAGGCCCAGCCCUGUCCAGCUCUUCUGAUGAAGGCAGCUCCUGUCCUGGUGUAGGGGGCCCAAAAGAUGCACCUGAGGGCCCCUUGGCCGGCCUAGAGCUCCCAAGGACCUGGGCACGGGGCCGGGUGGACACACAGCCAGACCGAAGACCCUCACGCAUCCCAACGCCACGGGGCCCUCGCCGCCCAUCUGGAUCCGCAGAGCCUGGGUCCUGGCAUGCCCUGCACUCAGUGAGCCCAAGGGCACAGCCAGACUCUUGGAUGUGAUGGACCAGCCCAGCUGCCCCUAGGCCCCUAUUCCUUCUUUUCCUUUUCCUUUGUGGCCUUAACCCCUCUGCAUCAGGGAGCUCCCCCUACCCCUGCCUCUUGGGUACCAGACCUCAUGGGACCAGACCCCUUGGGACCACAUGGCACAAUGGGACCUCUGUUGUACAUUCCGGUUGGGGGAUGAGCGUUGCUAUUUAAUUACUAAUAUUAUUGAAUGCCUUAGAGGAGGCCAAAUGAGGACCCUUCCCGAGGUCCUCUGGCCCUGCAGAGCCUGACAGUAAAGUAUUUGUUCCAACCA